CGACCAGGACGCCAGCGGCAGCCGCGUCCCAGCACGCCACGGCGCACCGGGCCUCCCCACCGGCCCCAGAACAAUCAACCAUGACGACCGAAUCAGGAUCAGACUCGGAAUCCAAGGCUGACCAAGAGGCCGAGCGUCAGGAGGCGGUGGGUCCGCAGGGGCGCGCCGGUGCGCAGCCCGGACCAGAGCUACCCAGUGAAGAGCAGCAGGCAUUGGAGCAGUUUGAAGAGGCUGCAGCGCACAGCACCCCAGUGCGGAAGGAGGUCACUGACAAGGAGCAGGAGUUUGCUGCCGCAGCCGCAAAACAGCUCGAAUAUCAGCAGUUUGAAGACGAUAAGCUUUCCCAGAGAUCAUCUAGCAGUAAACUCUCUCGGUCUCCAUUAAAGAUCGUCAAGAAGCCUAAAAGCAUGCAGUGUAAAGUGGUACUUCUGGAUGGGUCGGAAUACACCUGUGAAGUGGAGAAACGGUCCAAGGGGCAAGUGCUAUUUGACAAAGUGUGCGAACACCUGAACCUGCUAGAAAAAGACUACUUUGGCCUUACGUACCGAGAUGCUGAAAACCAGAAGAAUUGGUUGGACCCUGCGAAGGAAAUUAAAAAACAGAUUCGAAGUGGUGCUUGGCACUUUUCAUUUAAUGUGAAAUUUUACCCACCAGACCCUGCCCAGCUGUCUGAAGACAUCACCAGGUACUACCUCUGCUUACAGCUGCGUGAUGACAUCGUGUCUGGAAGGCUGCCCUGCUCUUUUGUGACCCUUGCCCUGCUGGGCUCCUACACUGUCCAGUCAGAACUCGGAGACUAUGACCCAGACGAAUGCGGGAACGAUUACAUUAGCGAGUUCCGCUUUGCACCGAACCACACGAAAGAACUGGAAGAUAAAGUAAUCGAACUGCACAAGAGCCACAGAGGAAUGACACCGGCUGAGGCAGAGAUGCAUUUUUUGGAAAAUGCCAAGAAACUCUCCAUGUAUGGGGUGGAUUUACAUCAUGCCAAGGAUUCAGAAGGAGUAGAAAUUAUGUUAGGAGUUUGUGCAAGUGGUCUAUUGAUAUAUCGUGACCGGCUGCGAAUAAAUCGGUUUGCCUGGCCCAAGGUUCUCAAAAUUUCAUACAAACGGAACAAUUUUUACAUUAAGAUCCGGCCGGGAGAGUUUGAACAGUUUGAAAGCACCAUUGGGUUUAAGCUGCCAAACCACCGAGCUGCCAAGCGUUUAUGGAAAGUGUGUGUUGAGCAUCACACAUUUUUCAGACUGUUAUUACCAGAAGCACCUCCAAAGAAAUUCCUGACCCUGGGCUCCAAGUUCCGGUACAGUGGCAGAACGCAAGCCCAAACCAGAAGGGCCAGUGCGUUGAUAGAUCGUCCAGCGCCUUACUUUGAACGCUCAUCCAGCAAACGCUAUACCAUGUCUCGCAGCCUGGAUGGAGCAUCAGUGAAUGAAAACCAUGAAAUAUACAUGAAGGAUUCUAUGUCUGCUGCAGAGGUUGGUACUGGCCAGUACGCCACAACAAAGGGCAUCUCUCAGACCAACUUGAUCACCACUGUGACUCCAGAGAAAAAGGCUGAGGAGGAGCGCGAUGAGGAAGACGACAGACGGAGGAAGGCUGAAGAAGCCUCGCCUGCUGCCGCGGCGGUCCGGCCCGAGGGAAAGUCCCCUGGGCUUGGCACUCACUCAUGUCCCCUGUCACCACCAUCAGCCGGUCACAUCCUUGCCUCCCCCACCGAGCUGCGCCAGAGGUGUAAGGAAAAGGAACACGCACUGCCAGGCUACGAGUCACCCAAAGCCCAACACAUGUGUGGGGAGCCUACCUUGGACCCUAAUGGCCCAGGGAAGGCCUACGUGGGGGAUCAAGAUGCAGCCUUUAGCUGCAGACAGCAAACUGGCAAAGGGACCACGCUGUUUUCCUUCUCCUUGCAGCUCCCCGAAUCAUUCCCCUCCCUCCUCGAUGACGAUGGCUACCUCUCUUUCCCCAACCUUUCUGAAACCAACCUCCUGCCCCAGAGCUUGCAGCAUUACCUUCCCAUCCGCUCCCCAUCCCUGCUGCCCUGUUUCCUCUUCAUCUUCUUCUUCCUGGUUUCCGCCUCCUUCUCAGUGCCAUAUGCCCUCACCCUCUCCUUCCCUCUGGCUCUGUGCCUCUGCUACCUGGAGCCCAAGGCAGCCUCCUUGAGCGCCUCCCUAGACAAUGACCCGAGUGACAGUUCAGAGGAAGAGACGGACAGCGAGCGGACAGACACGGCCGCUGAUGGGGAGACCACGGCCACUGAGUCGGACCAGGAGGAAGAUGCCGAGCUCAAGGCACAGGAGUUAGAUAAAACUCAAGAUGAGCUGAUGAAACAUCAAACGAACAUCAGUGAGCUGAAAAGAACCUUCCUAGAAACCUCGACAGACACUGCCGUAACCAAUGAGUGGGAAAAGAGACUUUCUACCUCGCCCGUGCGACUGGCCGCCAGGCAAGAGGACGCGCCCAUGAUCGAGCCACUUGUGCCCGAAGAGACUAAGCAGUCCUCCAGUGAGAAGCUCAUGGAUGGUUCUGAGAUCCUCAGUUUGUUAGAGUCUGCACGAAAGCCGACAGAGUUCAUAGGAGGGGUUACUUCCACUGCUCAGAGCUGGGUUCAGAAAACCGACACCAAGCCAGAGAGCAGUGAGGCAGAGAGCACCACACAGCAGCAGCUUCUGGGCGCGGAGAAGGUGGUGCAGGAGACGGUGCUGGUGGAGGAGAGGCGGGUGAUAAACGUGCAUGCCAGCGGGGACGCCUCUUCUGCAGCCAGCGAGGAAGCCGAGGCCGCCACCCAGCCCUGCCCUGCAGACACUCCCAGCGGGAAGGCCAAGGAGGGCUUGGCUGUGUCCGAGCAGGCCAAGGAGGAAAGAGGGGAGGAGGUGGAGAAGACAGAGCGGGAAGAGACGGGUGCCAGGUCCCAAGAGGAGGAACAGAGUGUGGCUAUCCACGUCUCGGAGACUUUGGAACAGAAACCUCACUUUGAGUCGUCCACUGUGAAGACGGAGACCAUCAGCUUUGACAGUGUUUCCUCAGGGGGAGUGAAGCUGGAAGUCUCUGCUAAAGAGGUGCCAGUAGUUCACACAGAAACAAAAACCAUCACAUAUGAGUCCUCACAGGUCGACCCUGGCGCUGACCUGGAACCAGGCGUGCUGAUGAGUGCACAGACGAUCACAUCUGAGACCACCAGUACCACCACCACCACCCACAUCACCAAAACUGUGAAAGGAGGCAUCUCAGAAACGAGAAUUGAGAAGCGAAUAGUCAUCACGGGGGACGCAGACAUUGACCAUGACCAGGCGCUGGCUCAGGCAAUUAAAGAGGCCAAAGAGCAGCACCCUGACAUGUCAGUGACCAAAGUAGUGGUUCAUAAAGAGACAGAGAUCACACCUGAAGAUGGAGAGGAUUGACCCAGGAAUAACUUAGCUUGCACGUGAAUCCAGUCACACAAACUGUUAGGAAAGCCAGAGCCUCUGUGGAGUUGCCUCUUCUAACCCAACUGACUCGCAUCUGUCCGUGGAAAAUUUCAAUCCAGAAGAACUGACCUUGACCGUUAACAAAGACUGGCAGAGAGAUCUUCCCAUAAUAAAGCAAUCUGAAUCAGCGUCACUAAACUGAUAUUGCAUGAAGCAACGAUAAAAUUGCAAAAGAGCAGCAUUUUUAAUUUUCACACGACGUCUCAGUUUCCUGCUAUUCCUGCACGUUCACAACCCACAAGUAUAAAUCGUGAUCUCAUGCAACACGUAAACGAUCCAUGCCUUUCAUAGUUUAUUAUUAUUCAAGUCUCCACAAAAAUUACAGUUUCUUAGGUGACAAAACUGCUGUUUACAGAUCCAUGAAGAUUUCUGUCUAGGUCCGGUGUGUCUGAUUUACCCCAGAUUAGAUGUGCCAAGAACAGAGUUUAUUCAGUAAACAACUUGAAUCUCGUCCUGUUUCCUCUGGUUUUAUUCUUCUCACCCAUAAUCAAUAACGACUCUCUGAUCCUCUGGAAAUAUUUAAUGCUUUUACUCUUGCUUUGUGGAUCUAAUUUAAUUCGUCAUAAGGUAGUAAUGAUUUUAGCAUAUUAAUGUGGUUUCUUCUUUGUCUUACACUCUGAUCUGUUCAACCUGGAAAGCUUUUCAGAGUUGCCUAACAUGUCCUGAAUAUGUAAAUUGUCAUCACUUCGGGGAGGGAGAAAAAAACAACUGUAUUUUUGUUAGUUUGCAUUAUGGUGAAAUUUCACUCCAUGAAAAUGUGGGUUUCUGUUGCUUUGUUUUUUCUUCAUUUCCUUUUUCUUUCUAUUUUUAAAUUAAUUUUUCUUCUUUUAUGUGAAAAAGAAAAGCCUUUUAUUUCCAAAUCCGGUCCAUAUUUACAAUCUAGUUCAGAGCCAAGCCUUAAACUGUACAGAAUUUCCACUGUAAUUAAGACUAUUUAGUGUUUAGUUAUAAAUAGCCUUCAAAAAGAUAUAUUCCACAUUACACUGUCAGCCUCAUCACAGCCCAUGGUGAAUGUAAGAUUCUGCAUAGAGAAAUAAAGGCGAUAAAUGCAU